UACUUCAUUUGUCAUCACAAAUUUUUUAAGUAAAUUAAAUUAAAAAAUUGCGCGCUUUUUUCCGGGGGUGGGUUUUGCUGCCUUGGUACUUCUCUCUAAGUUUUCGCUGAGAGAGAGAGGGAGAGAUCAUUCCACUCCAAUGGCGAACCAUUCUCUUUCCCUGCAAUUUCCCCAAAAUCAGAACAAUGAAGAACUCAACGAGCCACCGCAGAUUUUGGUUGAAGAAGGCGACGAAACGGAAGAGGACAAUGACGGAACAGAAGAAGAAGAAGACGACGACGAAACAGAAGAAGAUAGCGAGUAUGUCGCCUAUAUUGCAGAAUUACAGAAAAAGGAGACGAAUAAUGAAGCAGAGGAAGCCGCCUUGUUAGGCGAGGGCUCUCAAGAGAAAGAGUGGAAUCGUAGUGAAAUUGAUGGUCUAUUUUGCCCUAUUUGCAUGGAAGCUUGGUGUAAUGAUGGUGAUCAUCAUAUCUGUUGUCUUCCUUGUGGGCACAUAUAUGGUAUGUCUUGCAUAAAGAAAUGGCUACAAAUGCGUAAAAAUCAAGGGAAGUGUCCCCAAUGCAACAAGAAAUGCACCCCGAAGGAUCUUAGAAAACUUUUUGCAUCUCGGCUUGUUGCUGUUGAUGAAGAUUCACAAAAGAGAAUCCGACUACUAGAGACUAAAUGUUCUUCUCUUGAGAAGGAGAGAGCUGAUUGGAGGAAAAAAGAAGCUAAAUGGAAAAAGGAGGAGUCUGUGAUGCGUUUGAAAGUUCAACAGCUUACAGAGAGGACAACUCAUUUGGAGCAGUUUUUAGGAGAUUUGUCAAAUGGACCAUCUAGUUCAGUCAAUUCUGGUCGAGACUUUCUACGAAGAUCCGUGACUGGGCAUAAUUCCAAUUCAAUAUUAUGCAGACAAGGAUCUUCUCCUCCUUUUAUGUUACAGAAGGAUUUGCAGGUGGAUGGUGCUCAAUUAUUUGAUUUCGAUGCUUCUAACCAAAACUUGUUAAUUGCACGAAAUCUAUCUGGAAUGGGUGCAAAACGUAUACUUACCAAAAUUAGCUUGAUACCUCCAUAUGAAAGGGAGGACAUUUUGCUUCCUCUCACUAUAAAUUUUAUCAAGGACUUGCGCAUUUCCCCAACGGAUAGUUGUCUUGCACUCCUAGCUUCACUAGGGAAGAAAUUAUCACUUUUCAGUACGGAGAGCAACAAUGUCAUCCUUGCCUACGAUUUACCGGCUGCUGCUUGGACUUGUUCAUGGGAUCUUAACAGUUCAUGUUAUAUGUAUGCUGGAUUACAGAAUGGCUCAGUUUUAAUGUUUGACAUGCGCCAAACUAUGGGCCCUGUGAAAUUCCUCAAGGGACUGACCAGCAACCCAGUUCAUACUGUACAUUCUCUUUUACACAAGUCAACUCUUCCUUCUGGUGCUAGAUCAGUCUUGUCUGCUUCUUCUGCUGGCUUGUGUCAGUGGAACUUUGAAGGUGCUGAUGAAAUGCCAACUUUUAUUCCAGAAACAGAGAGACAAGGAAUCUGUAUAUCGCUUGCAUAUUGUCCUAGUAGCGAUGACAUUGUCGCUUCAUAUCGUCCUAAAGUUGAAAUGCAUAAUGACAUGGCUACCUCUCAGCUUUCACAAACUCCUUCCAAUGUUAUUGGACAAGGAAUAAUGGGUUCCCAUAUCCAAUAUAGGAGAGAAGGAACUAACUGUUUUCAAAAGUUGGCUUCCACCCAUGCUAGUGUGAAUCAGAUCCGGCUUCCAAAAUGUGCGAUUAUAGACUUCAGCAAAGAUAAGAAAUCAUUUGCAUCCAGGGAAGAAGGAGCUUGUGAAAUUACCUUGCAAGAGUUGCCUUCCUUUUCUGUUUAUCAGCGUCUUAACUCUGAGAGGUAUCCUCUUCGUGACGUCAAGUAUACAAAUGCUCUUGGCCAUGGUUUACUUGGUUGUUUGAGUGGUGAUUUACUGCAAAUUUUCAGUACUUAGUUCUCAUCAUGAAAGGUAACUUUCAUAUUUACAUUCAUCAAAUCUUUGCUUAAGCUGAAGAUUUACUUGAAUGCCCUCUUUACAUUUAACUUGGGUUUUUUUAUUUUUUUAUUUUUUAAUAAUAAAAUAAGAGUCCAAUCACUUUAGAAUAGUGCUAUUGCUCCUCAUAACUAUUAUUUUACAUAUGUAGAUAUAUUUCUUUUUCAUGCGGAUGCUACUGCCAGUCUGGUCCUGAAAAAUCAUUAUUUUACAA